AUGACCGCCGCCACUUGGCCCGCAGCCUCCCCUGUUUCCCGAGAGACACCUUAUGCUCUCCGCCCACCCAGCGCUUCUGAAAUCCUCCCUCGAUUGUUUGUCUCCGACCUCGCUUUCGCAGAAAACUCUGCCUCGCUCGCUUCGCUGGGAGUCACUCACGUCCUCUCCGCCAUGUGUGGCCACGUUGCCGUCCCGCGUAACAUCCACCUUCAACACGUUCAGUGCAACUUGGAGGACCUUCCCUUUGCUGAACUCGUGGACAAGUUACCUGGGACGACGAAAUUUAUCCGCGAUGCAUUACGAGAUCCUAAUGCGCGCGUGCUCGUUCACUGCGUGGAAGGCGUCAGCCGUAGCACGUCGGUUGUCUGCGCGUACCUUAUUGCCGAGUAUGGAUACACCACUGAGCGGGCUAUCCAAUAUGUCAAGUUGAAGAGACGAUCUGCAGAGCCCAAUUUCGGGUUCGUACAGCAGCUUCGCGAGUACGCGGACAAGCUACAGCGACUAUGA